AUGGAUACCAAAGGCUGUACAACAACUAUUUCUUCUUCCACGCCACACCAAAGAUGCUCUAGGAUUACAAAUUUUAGGACCAUCUUUCCCAACACCAGCUGCCAAUAUGGUGGUCUCGAAGCCAACAGCUGCCACCCUACUCCUUGCUUUUAUCUCACACCCAUCUGCUUGAUUAACAACUUCGGUGCCUGUCCCCCUCUGGAUGACUGCGACUGGUGUGGUGAAGGUAUCAACAGUAAAGAGAAAGAGACCAUGCAAAUUUUGAACGAGCGCCUUGCUAACUACCUGGAGAAGGUGCGGAUCUUGGAACAAGAGAACACUGAACUGGAGUGCAAAAUCCAGGAGGAGUGUAACAAAGAGCUUUGUGUCGUAUGUCCUGACUACAGGUCCUACUACGCUACCAUUGAGGAGCUCCAGCAGAAGAUCUUGUGUACCAAGGCUGAGAAUUCCAGACUGGUCUCACAAAUUGACAACACCAAACUGGCUGCUGAUGACUUGAGAGCCAAGUACGAAGCUGAGGUGUCCCUACGCCAGGGAGUGGAGGCAGAUGCCAACGGCCUACAGCGGAUCCUGAAUGCCCUGAGCCUCGCCAAGGCUGACCUGGAGGCACGAGUCCAGUCUCUGAAGGAAGAGCUCCUCAGCCUUAAAAACAACCAUGAAGAGGAAAUCAAUUCCUUACAGAGCCAGCUUGGGGACAGACUCAACAUUGAAGUGACCGCUGCCCCUGCUGUCGAUCUAAACCGGGUUCUACAAGAAAUGAGAUGUCAGUAUGAGUCCAUCAUGGAGACAAACCGCAGAGAAGUGGAACAGUGGUUCAACACACAGAUGGAGGGGCUGAACCAGCAGGUGGUGACCAGCUCUCAACAGCAGCAGUUCUGCCUGAAGGACAUCACUGAGCUGAGACGCACCAUGAAUGCUCUGGAGAUUGAACUGCAGGCCCAGCACAGAAUGAGAGAUUCCCAGGAAUGCAUCCUGGCGGAGACAGAGGCCCGCUACACGGCCUUACUGGCCCAGAUCCAGUGUCUGAUUGAUAAUGUGGAGGCUCAGCUGGCAGAGAUCAGGUGUGCCCUAGAAAGACAGAACCAAGAAUAUGAGAUUCUGCUGGAUGUCAAGUCCCAGCUGGAGUGUGAGAUUGCCACAUACCGCAGCCUUCUGGAGAGUUCAGAUGUCGAGCUUCCCUGUAACCCGUGUGUCACCACAUGUGAGCCUUCCAGUAAGGCCAGCACCAAGGAAUGCACAGCCCCGGCUUACAAUACAUCAUCCUCAGCCUCCCGCGGAUCACAUGAGCUCUGCUGUACCUGCAGAGUACUGCCCCAAAUACUGGUUAAAAUCUUCACCAUCACGCAGGAGAUUAGGGAUGGCAAAGUCAUUUCGUCUCACGAGCACGUGCAGCCUUGCUUCAUCCCCAGAAUUGCCAAAGCCUAACAACCCAAGGGAAUGGGAGUCGGUUCCGACUGUUUAACAAGGGACAGGGAGCUGGAACUCUCACAUCAUAACCCUGUUCUUGCCUCUCCCUGUGACUGGUGCUCAUGAAAAAAUAGCUUAGAUUCCUCCUGCAAUCCAUCCAUCA